ACAGCAGAGCAGUUGGAAAGAUGGGAUAUGUUUUAAUGAAGCAAAAAGGCAGAGUGAGAGUGUCCCUUACUUUAGCUUUUUAUUUCAAAUCCAACAUUACUUUAACUGUCUUCCACAUAAAUCCACCAUGGCCGACUCUUCUUCUUCUUCUUCUUCCAAACGCCAAAAGCAACAUGAUGAUGAUGAUGAUGAUGUUGAAGAACAACAACCUCUGAUCCCAGGUCUCCCCGACCACAUAGCAGAAUUGUGUCUCUCCUCCAUCAACCAUUCUCUCUUAUUCUCAAUCUCCCACUCCUGCCGCCGUCUCAUAUACUCCCCUUCCUUCCCUCCCUUUUUCUCUCUCUACGCCAUUCUCUCCCACUCCUCCGCCACCAUCCACUUCCACACCUUCGACCCCAUCUCCGCCACCUGGCUCCCCCUCCCUCCCCACCCUCCCCUCCACCACCUCCUCCUCCGCCGCCACCCCUCCUUCCUCUCCCGCAGCCUCUCCGUUCAGUCCGUCUCCUCCUCCAACCGCCUCGUCCUCCUCGCCGCCACCACCCACAACCUCUCCCCGGCCCUCCCCCAGCCCCUGAUCUUCCACCCCCUCACCAAAACCUGGUCCUUCGGCCCCACCCUCUCCACCCCGCGCCGCUGGUGCGCCCUCGGCUCCCUGGGCCCCACCGUCUACGUCGCCAGCGGUAUCGGCUCCCACUUCUCCAUCCACGUCGCGCGCUCCCUCCAGAAAUGGAACCUCCAAAACCCCAACGCCGUCUGGGAAAAGAAAACGGAGCUCAAGGACGGCAGGUUCAGCAGAGAAGCCAUCGACGCCGUUGGAUGGAAGCAGAAACUCUGCAUGGUCAACGUCAAGGGAGACGCCGCGAAAGAAGGAGUGGUCUAUGACGUGGCGGAGGAUGCUUGGAAGGAGAUGCCGGAGGGGAUGCUGUACGGCUGGAGAGGACCCGUUGCGGCCAUGGAAGAGGAAGUCAUGUACGUUGUGGACGAAGCCAAAGGUGUUCUCAGAAGAUACGUGGAGGAACAGGACGCGUGGGAAGACAUUCUCGAGAAUAAGAGACUCAAAGGAGCCGAACAAAUCGUCGCUCAGAGAGGAAAACUGUGCGUCGUUUCGCCUUCUUCCGGGAUCUCCGUCGUCGAUGUCGCCGCUGUGCCGCCGCGGAUUGUGCCGAUUUUGCUGCCGGAAGAGUUCGAGCCGGUGGCCGUUCACAUCUUACCCCGGAUGCCAGCCGACCAGUGAUUGCAUGUAUGAUUGACAUGGUUAAGAGUAAUUAAUUUUAUCUGAAUCAAACAUGAUUAUUAUUAAUAACAAAAAAUAAAAUAUAGGUGUUAUAGGCUAACUAAGUGUAUGAUUACAAAGAAGAAUCUUGAUUGGUUAGAUUCUAGUCCUAAAUCACAUGUUGAAGAGAUAUAAAUUAAUUACUUUUCUUAAUUAAUUAUUUUGUAGGAAAGUAAAAAUACAAAAUUAAAUGAGAAGAAUCUAGUAUUCCUGGGAAUUGAAAUAAUUUUGGUUGUUUUGUGGGAAAGUGAAAAUUUGUCCGUAAUGGUGAUGGGGGCACGUAUGGUUAGAAAGAAGGGGUGCGUGAGAUUUUUUAUUGAGUUGUGGAAAUGCCUAAAAUAAGAGGAAUAUAAAUCAAAUGUUGUUGCUUUGUUGACUGGCCAAUGCCUAAAGAGAUGCAAAUUGCCCACUCAUUCCUUACUCUUGCUUCAUUCAGUCACAAACAAACAAUAUAUCUCAGCCAGAAUUCAACAUU